CUCCUCUGAUCUUCAUAAACUGGAGUCACACUGCUUUAGUCUCUGUCUCUGUGACACUACCAGUACUGAGAAAGUCCAGAGGGCUUCAGAGAUGACGACUGGUUGUAUGAAGUCCACCCUGGAGUCCGAACAUGGGCUAAUGACACUGGAAAACACACACUACAAGGAGGUGCUGGUGGAUAGCAAGUCAAAGAUGAAGAGUGAUGAUGAUGAUGAGGAGGAGGUGGAUAACUUCACAGACAAUCAAGAAGACCAGCUGAAAAAACCUCGCAGAAAAGACACACCUGUCCUCAACUCUCCUCCACAUGUACCAGGAGUAAGACUGCUUAAGGCAGAGAAGCACAUGGUCCACUUUGAAGAUGAGGAAAAGGAUGUGAAGGAUUAAUGCUUUUAUUUCACUUUUAUUUAGAUGUCAGUAAAUCUUUUUAUGUUCACAGUUCCAUUAAAUCACCAAACAUUUAAUUUUCACUAUACUUUUGUUGUUCUGAAAAAAGGAAAGAAAACAGCUUUAGUUCACUGGUCACACAUGACAAUUAGCUGUACACAUGCUGAUUGUGUAGAUGUCUUGAAAGGCUGUAUCACAUUGAAGACAUAUUUAAGGUAUUUAUGUUUAAUAUGAAGGCAGUCUCCAAAAUUGUUAUUUUGACAGAUAUUUCCAUUGUAGAGAGUAGGUAUUAAUUAGGGAUUUAUGGCUGAAUAAGAUUUUUUGGUUAGUACACCUCAAUGUGUUCAAGCCCUGAAGUACAAAGGAACAGCACUGGCAGGACAAUUAAUAAAAUGCAGAUUGGGAGGAAAGCAUUCAGUCUGACAUAAUACAAAUACUGCAUAUCACUUACAAACCUUAUGUAUCCUGCUUGUUAAAUUUUAUUUAAUUGAAAUGAAUGAAAAUAAACACGUCUGUGUUAGUCCA